CAUUUUUCUCUUUGAUUAUCCUCAUAAACAUAUUGGCAUUGAUCAUCAAGCAGGUGAAUUCAAUCAAGGACAUAAGUCACCUUCGUAG